UGGUCCAGGCGCGGCCCGGAGCGGUCACCCUCCCGGAAGCCGGCCGCGAAACCGGGGCCGGGGAGGGAGCGGGCGGGAGGGAGCGGGUGGCACCGCCCGGCCGCCGCUCCCGGCGCGGUGACGCCGCCCCCGCGGCCGCCCCCCGCCCGGCUCCCCCGGAGGCGCCGCGGCCGCCGAGCACCGAGUGCGGGCCGGCGGGGCCGGGCGCUCACGCCCUCUAGCGGGCCGCGGCAGCCGGGCGGCCGUGACGUGGGCGCUCCCUUCAGCCGGCCUGCGGGGCCCCGCCAGUCAGUCGGGGAGCAGGAGCCCCGCGCGCAGCCGGCGCGGGCUCGGCCAUCGGCGCGCCGCCGCCCGGGGGCUGGCUCGUCUGCCCGCGCAGAGGCGGCGGGCGGGACUCGCGCGGCCUCGGCCCCGGCCCCGGCCCCCGGCACCGCGGCGCCGGAGGCUCGGGUCCCGAGCCCAGGAAGAAGAACCAAGCCAGCGCAGCCGCCGGCACGGAGGGCGGAUUUUGGCUCCGCGGGCGCGCCCUCCGCUCCCUCUCGCAGCCGCGCCAGCUUCAGCGGGGCCGGCGACAGGACAGGGGGACCCUGGCCCCUUGCCCCCCCGGCCCCGGGAGCCGCCGGAGUUGGGACUUCUGCAACUGUUGGCACUCGGAGCGUCUGGUUCUGGUUUUGGCUGUUCACCCUCUUCUCGCCGCCUUGGAGGCACAGCUCCCGGCCGCCCUCUGCCCUCGCGCCCACCCAGCGCCGCCGGGGAGCGGCCCGGGGCGCACUCGGCACCAUGAGCCGACUUGGGACUUGCCUGGCCACUUUGACUGGACUUUUGCUAACUGCGGCGGGGGACUCGUUUUCAGGUGGUUGCCUCUUUGAUGAGCCUUACAGCACGUGUGGAUACAGUCAGGCUGUAGAUGAUGAGUUCAACUGGGAGCAAGUGAACACCUUGACCAAACCAACCUCUGACCCGUGGAUGCCAUCAGGCUCCUUCAUGUUGGUGAACACGUCUGGGAGACCCGAGGGACAGAGAGCCCACCUCCUCCUACCUCAGCUGAAGGAGAAUGACACCCACUGCAUUGACUUUCACUACUUUGUGUCUAGCAAGAGUAAUUCUGCCCCUGGGUCACUCAAUGUCUACGUGAAGGUCAAUAAUGGGCCUUUGGGGAGCCCUAUCUGGAAUAUAUCUGGAGACCCUAACCGUACAUGGAACAGGGCAGAACUGGCCAUCAGUACCUUCUGGCCUAACUUUUAUCAGGUGAUUUUUGAAGUCAUAACUUCUGGACAUCAAGGUUACCUCGCUAUUGAUGAAGUGAAGGUGUUAGGACAUCCGUGUACCAGAACGCCCCACUUCCUGCGGAUUCAGAAUGUGGAGGUCAACGCGGGCCAGUUUGCCACCUUCCAGUGCAGCGCCAUCGGCAGGACCGUGGCUGGAGACAGGCUCUGGCUACAGGGCAUCGAUGUCCAGGAUGCUCCUCUGAAGGAAAUAAAGGUGACCAGUUCCCGGCGAUUCAUAGCAUCAUUUAACGUCGUGAACACAACCAAACGAGAUGCUGGAAAAUACCGAUGCAUGAUUCGCACCGACGGGGGAGUUGGCAUAUCCAACUAUGCAGAGUUGGUAGUUAAAGAGCCCCCUGUCCCCAUUGCACCCCCUCAGCUGGCCUCUGUGGGGGCCACCUACCUGUGGAUACAACUCAACGCGAACUCCAUCAAUGGGGACGGGCCCAUUGUGGCCCGGGAGGUGGAAUACUGCACAGCCAGUGGGAGCUGGAGCGACCGGCAGCCAGUGGACUCCACGAGCUACAAAAUCGGGCAUCUGGACCCUGACACGGAGUAUGAGAUCAGUGUGCUCCUCACCCGGCCCGGGGAGGGUGGCACCGGCUCCCCUGGGCCCGCCCUCAGGACCAGGACCAAGUGUGCUGAUCCCAUGCGUGGCCCAAGGAAGCUGGAAGUCGUGGAAGUCAAAUCUCGACAGAUCACCAUCCGCUGGGAGCCCUUUGGGUAUAACGUGACCCGUUGCCAUAGCUACAACCUCACAGUCCACUACUGUUACAAAGUUGGAGGGCAGGAACAGGUGCGAGAGGAAGUGAGCUGGGACACAGAAAACUCACACCCCCAACACACCAUCACCAACCUCUCGCCCUACACCAACGUCAGCGUGAAGCUCAUCCUCAUGAAUCCGGAGGGGCGGAAGGAGAGCCAGGAGCUCGUAGUACAGACGGAUGAAGAUCUUCCAGGUGCUGUUCUUACUGAAUCCAUCCAAGGAAGUACCUUUGAAGAGAAGAUAUUCCUUCAAUGGCGAGAACCAAUUCAAACCUAUGGUGUCAUCACUCUAUAUGAGAUCACCUACAAAGCAGUCAGUUCCUUUGACCCAGAAAUAGAUCUAUCCAAUCAAAGUGGAAGAGUUUCAAAACUGGGAAAUGAAACCCACUUCCUGUUUUUCGGACUGUAUCCAGGAACCACGUACUCCUUCACCAUCCGAGCCAGCACAGCUAAGGGCUUUGGACCCCCAGCAACAAAUCAGUUCACCACCAAAAUAUCAGCGCCCUCCAUGCCGGCUUAUGAACUGGAGACGCCCUUGAAUCAGACGGACAACACGGUGACGGUCCUGCUGAAGCCUGCGCACAGUCGAGGUGCACCCGUCAGUGUCUACCAAAUAGUGGUCGAGGAAGAGCGUCCUCGAAGAACGAAAAAGACCACAGAAAUCUUAAAAUGCUACCCGGUGCCCAUCCACUUCCAGAACGCCUCCAUACUGAAUUCCCAGUACUACUUCGCUGCAGAAUUCCCAGCCAACAGCCUCCAAGCGGCUCAGCCCUUUACUAUUGGUGAUAAUAAGACUUACAACGGGUACUGGAACACCCCUCUCCUUCCCCAUAAAAGCUACAGAAUUUACUUCCAAGCAGCUAGUAGAGCCAAUGGGGAAACCAAAAUAGACUGUGUCCAAGUGGCCACAAAAGCUGCGAUAAUCGUGACUCAGCUUACGACACCUCAUAUUCGCAUCGCCCCUGCCGCAGGCGACGACCAGCUGACAGGAGCCGCCACUCCAAAACCAGUCCCAGAACCCGAGAAGCAAACAGACCACACAGUCAAGAUUGCGGGGGUCAUCGCUGGCAUCCUGCUGUUUGUGAUCAUAUUUCUCGGGGUCGUGCUGGUGAUGAAGAAAAGGAAACUGGCCCAGAAGCGGAAGGAGACAAUGAGCAGCACACGGCAGGAGAUGACGGUGAUGGUGAGCUCCAUGGACAAGAGCUAUGCCGAGCAGGGCACCAGCUGCGACGAGGCCUUCUCCUUCAUGGACACACACAACCUCAACGGGAGAUCUGUGUCUUCACCAUCGUCCUUCACCAUGAAAACCAACACCCUGAGCACAUCGGUGCCCAACUCCUAUUACCCAGACGAGACACACACGAUGGCCAGCGACACCAGCAGCCUGGUGCAGCCGCACACGUACAAGAAGCGUGAGCCAGCGGACGUGCCCUACCAGACUGGACAGCUGCACCCCGCCAUCCGGGUGGCCGACCUGCUCCAGCACAUCACGCAGAUGAAGUGUGCCGAGGGCUAUGGCUUCAAGGAGGAGUAUGAGAGCUUCUUUGAAGGGCAGUCUGCACCAUGGGACUCCGCUAAGAAAGAUGAAAACAGAAUGAAGAACAGAUAUGGGAAUAUUAUUGCCUAUGAUCAUUCCCGGGUGAGGCUGCAGACCGUAGAAGGAGACAACAACUCAGACUACAUCAAUGGAAAUUAUAUUGAUGGUUAUCAUCGACCCAAUCAUUAUAUUGCUACACAAGGGCCGAUGCAGGAGACGAUCUCUGACUUCUGGAGGAUGGUGUGGCACGAGAACACAGCGAGCAUCGUCAUGGUGACCAACCUGGUGGAAGUGGGGCGGGUCAAAUGCUGCAAAUACUGGCCAGAUGACACGGAGAUCUAUAAAGACAUUAAAGUUACCCUAAUAGAAACAGAGCUACUGGCAGAAUAUGUGAUAAGAACAUUUGCUGUUGAAAAGGGAGGGCCCGGAGGAGAAGCACACUGCAGUCCAUCCCGAGAAGUGUCACAGCGAGGCGUCCACGAAAUCCGAGAGAUCAGACAGUUCCACUUCACGGGCUGGCCGGACCAUGGGGUCCCCUACCACGCCACUGGGCUGCUGGGCUUUGUCCGGCAGGUGAAAUCCAAGAGCCCGCCCAACGCAGGCCCUUUGGUGGUGCACUGCAGUGCUGGUGCGGGCAGGACCGGCUGUUUCAUCGUCAUUGACAUCAUGCUGGACAUGGCCGAGCGGGAAGGAGUGGUGGACAUCUACAACUGCGUGCGGGAGCUGCGGUCUCGGAGGGUGAACAUGGUGCAGACCGAGGAGCAGUACGUGUUCAUCCACGAUGCCAUUCUGGAAGCCUGUCUCUGCGGGGACACCUCAGUGCCCGCUUCCCAGGUCAGGUCUCUCUACUAUGACAUGAACAAGCUGGACCCACAGACCAAUUCGAGCCAGAUCAAGGAGGAAUUCCGGACCCUGAACAUGGUGACGCCAACCCUGCGCGUGGAAGACUGCAGCAUCGCGCUCCUGCCCCGUAACCAUGAGAAGAACCGCUGCAUGGACAUCCUGCCGCCUGACCGCUGCCUGCCCUUCCUCAUCACCAUCGACGGCGAGAGCAGCAACUACAUCAAUGCGGCCCUUAUGGACAGCUAUAAACAGCCCUCGGCUUUCAUAGUCACCCAGCAUCCUCUGCCAAACACGGUGAAAGACUUCUGGAGGCUGGUCCUGGAUUAUCACUGCACGUCUGUGGUGAUGCUAAACGACGUGGACCCUGCCCAGUUGUGUCCACAGUACUGGCCAGAGAACGGAGUCCACCGACAUGGCCCCAUCCAGGUGGAGUUUGUUUCUGCUGACCUGGAAGAAGACAUCAUCAGUAGGAUAUUCCGAAUCUACAACGCAGCGCGACCCCAGGACGGGUACCGGAUGGUGCAGCAGUUCCAGUUCCUAGGCUGGCCGAUGUACAGGGACACGCCGGUGUCCAAGCGCUCCUUCCUGAAGCUCAUCCGCCAGGUGGACAAGUGGCAGGAGGAGUACAAUGGCGGGGAGGGACGCACGGUCGUGCACUGCCUGAAUGGGGGCGGCCGCAGUGGGACCUUCUGUGCCAUCAGCAUCGUCUGCGAGAUGCUCCGGCACCAGCGGACGGUGGAUGUCUUCCACGCCGUGAAGACGCUGAGGAACAACAAGCCCAACAUGGUGGACCUGCUGGAUCAGUACAAGUUCUGCUAUGAGGUAGCCCUAGAGUACUUGAAUACUGGCUGACGGCGUGAAGAGCCCCGCACACCAACCUUCCAUCCUGCACAGCCAGGAAGUGCCACGGUGUUUGUGCCGAUGAGAUGAAGACAGCUCCAUAUGCUUAUUUUGCUUUGCCUAAUUGGCUCUUUUUAAAAAAGAGUCCAAGAAAAAAAAAGUGUUUAUAAAACUGCUUGCACUGCCCGAUUCCCAAUAGUGCUGCUGCCUGACCGAAACCCACCCACAGCACCCAGCGGUCCAACCCUGUCGUCCUGGGCACCGGCCCCUUCGAGCAGCGCGGACAGAUGGUAAAUUGAAGAGCACAAUUAUAUUCUUAUGAAGGAAUUUGUACCUUUGGGGUAUUAUUUUGUGGCCCGUGAACGUUUCUUAUUGUCACAGCUGAGUGUACAUUUUCGUUCUGUGGAGAAUGCUACCUGGCAUUAUGAUAAUAUAUUAUUUUAGUUAAUAUUUGUAUUUUAACAUGUCGCAUAAUAUAUGUAGCUUUCCAAGACUAACAGAUAAACGUAUAAUGAACCAAGAGAUGUUGUAUGAGUUGUUGUUUCUAUCAGAUUUGUAUCGUUUCCAAGGGAAAAGCUUGGGAGGCGUUCGGUUCGGGAAGGCGGAGGUCAGCGAUCAGGUUCACAGAUCUGAGGUUCUUCAGUUCUUCCUGUGUGUUUAUAUUGUAAAUAUUUUUGAUUUCAUCAGAUUAUUUAUUCAUUAAAAGAAAUUUUUGUGAA